AUGGGCGAUUCGCAGGCCUCUCCGUCACCCUUCGAAGUCGGAGCUUUCCUCCCCGGCGGCCACCAUACGGACCCCGCGCUCCCGGAAAAUAGCCCCACGGCCGGGUUCAAGCUAAACCACUUCAUGCUUCGCAUCCGCGAUCCCAAGCGCUCCCUCCACUUUUACAUUGAACUCAUGGGCAUGCGCACGGUAUUUACCAUGAACACUGGCCCGUGGACUAUUUACUAUCUUGGCUAUCCAUCUACCGAAGAAGACCGCGCAGACCUCUCCGCCUGGUCCGCCAAGGUCGGAGAUCCCCGCACACUCACACAAACCCUAGGCCUGCUUGAACUAUACCAUAUCCACGGUUCAGAAAAACCAACUGGUGACGGUGGGUACGAGGCCUCUACUGGCAACGCCCCUCCCAACCUGGGUUUCGGGCAUUUAGGGUUCACAGUCCCUGACGUUCCUUCGACUGUUGAGCGCCUGAGAAAAGCGGGCGUGCCGAUUCUCAAGGAACUAGGUGUCACUACUCGCGAGAGCAUACCGCUGAGCUCAUGGGAGGAGAACCGUGGUGUCGGUGUUGGCGAAAUUCAUCCUAAUUAUAAAGCAGUAUUUGACCAGAUUGCUUUUGUGACUGAUCCGGAUGGAUACACGGUAGAGCUUGUCCCUCAGGCCAUGAAUUAG